UCUGAAUGAGCUGAGUUAAACUACAAGGCUGGAUUUCACACCUGAGAGGACAGAAGGAACAGGUAAAAUCUGAAAUAAAAUCUUAAACAAGAAUUUUUUAAAAUUUUUUCUUCUUUGCGGGAUUCCAGCGCUCCAAGUGAAGUAUGGCUGAACCUGCUGAGCUGCUGAUUAUUAAAGACCAGUAUGUCUGUACCUGCCACUGUCUGCAUCGAGGACUGGCAGCUGAAGACGCCGACAACAAAUCCGAGGCCUUGGUAUUGUACAGGAAGGCUCAUCAGCAUCUUACCCAGGGGCUGGAGGUGCCCACACAAGGGGAGAGGCACCACGGGGAGGCCUGGGACAAGGCCAGGCAUCUUCAGCAGAAGAUGGAGGAUAUGUUAGAAACUGUUAAUGACCACCUUUCUGAACUGGAAAAGUCACCAGAAAAUGCAAAUUAUGUUCUUUUGCUUGAUGACUCUUCUGCUAUCUAUCCAAACUUGGCUACGAAGAGUCAGCCCUCAAAGAGCACACUCCACCAUCUGUACCCCACCAUACCAGCUACAUCACCAGCCCCCUACACAGCCCCCAUCAACCCUGCUUCCCCUGCUGUCCCAAACACAUACACACUCCCUGCAGGAGAUCGGGAAACUGUCACCAUGGAUAAUCCAGCAGAACUGCCUCCAGCGUACACCCCAAAGCCCACAGAUGGACACUGCCGCCUGCCUUUUGAUCCUGUUGGAGCCAGCUUCUGGCCCGGUAGACCUGGUCAAGCAGUAGCAAAUGAAAAGGAGCUGCUUUAUAUCCCCUCAGGGGUGCAGCUCUUUUUUGUGGAGCCAAGUGGACAGGUCAGCUCUCUGUCUUAUCCCAGCUACCUUCGCAUCAUCACAGUGGACAGUCUGCACAGCAAUUCCAGAGCUGGAAAACCUUCAGCAACUUUGCGUGUGGGCAGUUGGAUGUAUCCAUUGAUGGCGGACACGCCGGUGCUGCUGGCCAACUCUGGGAUCUUCAUGUUUCCUGACUGCUUGUCGGAGACACCUGGCUCCUACGUGGGUUUGGUGUUCUCCUCUGAACUGCCUGCUGCUGACUGUGAGAUGUUUCAGGACCUGCUAACGCAGCUUACAGACUUCAGGAUUCAGGACCCAGAAGGUACAGGAGUAGAGGUCAUGAACCUGACUACAAAAGUCCCUCUUGGUCACGUGAAUGAGUAUACAGCACCAGCAGCAGAGAGGGAAAUACCAGCAGCAAAGAAAGAAAUACCAGCAGCAAAGAAAGAAAUACCAGCAGCAAAGAAAGAAAUACCAGCAGCAAAGAAAGAAAUACCAGCAGCAGAGAAGGAAGUUGCACCAUUACCUGGAUGGAGUGAAAAGAUGGCCCAAGGAAUCUUGUCAGGAGCUACACGGCUGAGUCAGUCAUUCGCAAAAGGAGCAGAGGCGACAGGGAGGGCCAUUCAUAAAGGAGGAGCCAAGAUCCGGGACCGCAUCACACCUGAGGAGACUCCGUCAGAGGUCAACCCUCGUGUCACUAAAGGCCUGAAUGCGACUAAACAGGCUACUGGAGGUGCUGUUCGCGUCACCCAGUUGUUAGUGAGUGGCUUGAGCACAAUUGCAGGACAUGUAGCAGACAAGGUGGGCCCUCAAAUAAAGAAAUAUGGUCCUAAAUUGGUUCCAGAGGCUUUGAAGAAGAACCAAGAUGGCCAACCUUCCAACUUUGAUGGAGCCAAACUUGUAGCAGUCAGUGGUGUUCAAGGUUUCUCUACUGUUUGGUCAAGUCUGGAAUCUGGAGCAAAGCUUGUCUGCAAAAGUGUUUCUGCUGAGACCGUCACAACAGUGAAGUACAAGUAUGGUGAGGAUACAGGCGAAGCCACAAACACUGCUCUCGUGUCAGUGGGCAACAUCGGUCUGGCAGCACACAAUCUUGACAAUCUGGGCAUUAAAGCCUUCCUGAAGACGACCAGCAAGAAGACAGCCACAACAAUGUCGGCAACUCCCGAUGGAGAGCUUGCAGAAACCGAAGAGAAGAAAGUGCGAAGGGAGGAACAGCAAUCGCAGACUGAGGGAAGGACCGUGCAGAAGAAAAAAGAGGAAGAGAAGAAAGAAUAAAUGUAUGCAGGAUGUUAAUGCUUUCCAUUUUAGUACCACUAAUAAGGGUCUGUUCCGAAAGGCUUCAUUCUAUCAUUGUAAAUAGGUUAUUUAUGGGUUUGUAAACAGUCUUAUAAAAAUAGUCAUAAAACACUGUUCAUACAUAGAGGCAGGCUCACUGGCAAGAUCAAUUGCUGUACUUUUAUUUAUUUAGGUAAAUGUAAUUUAAAGCUAUUUGCUUAUUUUUUAAAAUUUAACAAAACUUUAUGCCAAUUUUUUUUGUCUAAAAACACUCAUGUCACAUGCAAGUAAAUUAUUGGCAACUGUAUGUGGUAUUU